ACCAGAGAAGAUGGGGAGGCUCAACUCCAUGAAUGCUCAAUACCCAAAGCUUAGACAUUUCGCCCAUCCUCAUGAACUAGAGCUAGUUAACCUUAACCUCCACAAUCCCAAUCCCAAUCCUAGUAUUUGUUCAGCUUGCAAACUACAGGAAUCCUCUGGCCAAAUGUACAUCUGUAGGCCUUGCAACUUCACCCUCCAUCUCAGCUGCACCCAAUUCCCGGAGCUCAUCUCCCACCCUUGCCAUCCAGAGCACCCCCUCACCCUCCUCCCUGCCUCCUCGUACCCCGGUGGCCUCUUCAACUGUGAUGCCUGCAACCGCCGUGGAGAUGGCUUCAACUACCACUGUGUGCACUGUGAGUUUGAUCUCCAUGUUUUCUGCGCUUCUAAGCCCCUCAGGAUUGCCCACCACAUGCACAAGUGCCCGCUUCAGCUCGUCUUCAACAACCCCUAUGAUGAUGUCAAGGGCUUCUCCUGCGACGUCUGCAAGAAAAUCGGGAUCAAGCAGUGGCUCUAUAGGUGCAGUAGUUGCGAGUUUGAUGUUCACUUGGAUUGCUCAACUGCUUCUGCCCCCAAACCGCUGCCACUUCACCCACAACCGCCUCCGAUCAGGCACCAUCACUCAUUUCUGGGAUCAACUUCUCAUUCCCAAUACCAGCAGGUGCCUGUAGCACAGGGUGGGUCAUUGAUCAGACCAAACCAGUUGCAGCAGCAAAGUGCAGGUACAGGGGCAGUCGCUUACAACCAGUUUGUGCAAACUCCUCCUGCACCUGCAAUUGUAGUCCAGGCGGGCGGAUACACAAGACCAACCCUUACCCAACAUGCCCAGCACCAGCCUGCAAUGGGGAGGAGUGGCUUGUUGAAUGCUGCAAUCCAAGGUCUCGUGGAAGGGGCGAGUCAGCAGGUAGGGCAGACCAUUAUGGGAAGUAUCUUAGGCCGUGGCACUGAUGAGAAUGGCAAUGCCUAGCAAUUUUAGAGAUUCACUGAACAAGAAGAGUUAGUUGUUCAUCUAUUUCUUGAUUUCCCUUUUCAAGGCUAGCUAAACGGGUUUUUCUUCUUUCAUAAAACAUUGACAGUUAUCAAUGAUCACCCAAUUGAUCAAA